UUUCCUCAGCUCAGUCUAUCAUUCCAUUGUCUGGUCAUUUGUCCCCGGCCGGCACGUAAUAAUCACCACUAUGGCCAGCGGACGGAGAAAGAGCGGCAUUCCAGCUCUGGGGUGGUGGCUCAUGGCAGUCGGCACCAUCCGCUCCGCCAUCGUGUGGUCCUGCCUCUUCAGUUCUGCAUCGCUCUGCUUGGCCGUCUACCCCGAGAUGACCGGCGUGCAGGAGCGAGCUAUGGCUGCGUGGACUCUGCUAUCCUGCACGCUCUGCUUCCUGUGCGCGUUCAACAUGGACAGCAAGCCGCUCUACGUGGCCACCUUCAUGUCCUUCGUCUACGUCGCCGGCUACCUGCUCGUGGAGUGCUUCUUCUACCACAGCGUCCAUGCAGCCAGUAUCGCUCCGUACUGCUUCAUCGCAGGGACAUCCAUGGUUUGGAUGCUGCUUCAAUGGAACUCCCAUGGCCGUGGCCGCCGUCCCCGUGAGGCUAGCAAGCAGCCCUGAUCCAACCUCUGGUUCUUUUGCCAUCGAUGUGAUUGGGGCGGUCUACUAUACAGACGAUGAAUAAAUUAUUUAUUUACAAAAAAAUGUAUUAUAUAUAUAAGAUGCACACCGAGUUCCGUACGUUGUUGCUGUUGACUUGUUGAAUGUAAGAAGUGACGACUAGAAUGGGUGUCGUCUAAGUUGAGUUGUAUUGUGUCGUAGCAUCUUGAUAUAACCCUAUAAUCUGUUGUUG